AUGCUUUGUGGCAUAGCUCCGGUUGCAUGCAGCACAAGGACGCCUUCUCAAGGCGCCUGCGUAGGGAAGCUAAGGUGGGUGCCCAGGCCAAGCAGCCCUUGCCUUUUUCCCUGGAGAGGUGCAAGCGCAAGCAGCCUUGCAGUAGUCCUGGCAGUGUCACUUUUAGUGGCCAAAGAAUGCAGAGGAGGCAGCAGGCGCUUGAAAAUGGCAAUGGCAAGCUUCGGCGGGGAGCUGGAAGCAGAGGUUAAGGCUGCAGCUGAUGUUGUGCAGAAAGCUCUCCUGUUGGUGCAAGCAUUGGCGUGUGAUAUGGACGUAGCUCCACCUUCAUUGGGAAAGGAGAUGGAAGGCUGUGAUGUGACGGCUGGCAUGGCUGGCAUCGUUGAAAUCAAGCCAGGUGACUCCACUCCAGUGACUGCCGCAGAUUAUGCAAUCCAGGGCCUGGUGGCAGCUGCUUUGAAGCAACAGUUUCCAGCCGAUCGCUUCAUGGGUGAAGAGGAUUCAAAAGAGCUUCGGGAAAAACCCGAGCUUUGCAACCUGGCUUUGGACCUUUGCUCAAGGUUUGGUGGUCACGUUAGCAAGGAGGAGUUCUUGACCAGUGUCGAUUCUGGCCUGGAGCCGGACAAUGGCCAGCAGCGUGUGUGGGUCCUUGAUCCAAUCGAUGGCACCAAAGGCUUCGUGACGGGCCAGGGCUAUGUGAUUGGCUUAUCUCUAUCGGUGGCUGGGAAGCCAUUGCUUGGAGUCAUGGGCAAUCCGAAUGCCGUGUCCACACCUCCCAUCAUGCUUGCAGUGGCAGGCCAUGGCCUAUCCUGGUGGGCCAGCAGCGGUGGUCCAGUGGAGUUUGAACCCAGCAAGCCAGAUUGGGCCAGUCGAGGCUUCACGCUGCCGACUUCAGUCCCUGAACCCAAAGAAGGUGUGGACUACCCUCCAUGGCUGCUGUCACCUCAAAGCACCCGCGAUGAAUGUAGGCCCUUUGGCUCGAUGGCUUGGGCAUCUGAGCUGUGCUGCGGCUCCAUGGUCAAGUAUUUUGCCGUGGCAGCUGGCAGCCACAGUGGCUAUGUCCAGUACGAGGAGAAUUUGAAGACUUGGGAUCAUGCCUGCGGAGUGCUUUGUGUCCAAGAAUCUGGUGGCUCAGCCACAGUCACCGAUUCGAUUUCAAAGCAAGUGGAGUUUCCUGGCCGACGCUUCCGCGUGCGUGGGGGCAUUGUGUCGUGCUCCCGGUGGGCCACUGAAGAGAUGAGGGAGCUGUUCUUGAAGGCUGCCGCUGGCAACGACACAGGGCCCUGA